AUGAGUGACGAAAUAACCGCCUUGCUGACCGCCCAGAGUGACAUCCACGGUCGCAUGACCAGGUCAGUGACCAAUUUGAAGAAAAUAGGGAUGGCCAACAUCACCCUCCACGCUGUCGAAACCCGCUCAGCGCUUCUCGACCAGCUGUGGACGAAAUUUGAAAAACAACACGAGCUUAUUCGAGCACAUUACAAGGAAGCCUUCGAUCAGAGUGAGUACAACACGUCUCAAUUUGCCGAUUCCGCCGAAAUCACGUACGUGCAACAGCGCAGCAUGCUGAACGAUUAUCGGACAAAGCUCAAGGCUGAGAAAUCAAGUACAGCUCCUCCGAGUGAAUCGGGAAUCGAUUGUUCUACCAAGUCGGCGCUGCCGCGUUUAAAAAUCCGAUCGUUUUCGGACGCGUUUGAAGACUGGCCAUCGUUCCCGGAUAUAUUCUUGUCCAUCGUUGGCAACAAUCCGUCUAUCUCAAACGUAGAGAGAUUUAACCACUUAAAGCAUUGCUUGGAAGGAUCCGCGGAGGCAUUGAUACGCCCGCUGGCCGUAACCGGAGACAACUAUUCGCGCGCGGGGGCGCUGCUCUGCAAGCAUUACGAGAAUAAACGGGAGUUGUCGCGCUCCAAUUUUUGCACGUUCACCUCAGUGUAA